AAUGAUAACUUCUUAAGAAUAACUUGAUAUUAGUACUUUAUUCUUUAAGUUUAGUCAUUAAAAAGAUUAAGUCAUAUUUAAAUGGAAAAUCUUAAACAACAAUAAGAACUUUAGGAAAAACUUUUAGAGGUUUUGAAUCUUUCGAUUAAAAAUGUCGAAUUGAUAAAGAUGAAUUUCUGAUUGGAUUAAAAUAAAAUGGAGUAAUACUAACAAAGUUUUAAACAGAUGUAAAUAUAAAUAUAAAAUUAGUUUUUAUUGAAUUAUUUAGAUAGAAAUAGAGAUGGAUCAAUAGAUGUAGCUGAAUUUCUUUAUUUAAUAAGAGUAAUAUAAAUAGUGUAAUAAUAUAGGGGUCUCCAAAUGAAAAUAGAUUAGAAGUUAUUGUAUAAGCAUUUAAAAAGUUUGAUAAAGACAAUUUAGGAAUUAUAGUUACAGAUGAUUUCAAAGGAAUAUUUAAUUCUAAAAAUCAUCCUAAAGUGAGAAGAGGAGAACUUACAGAAGAUUAAGCUUAUAUAGAGUUCUUAUAGUAUUUCAGAGAUGGCAAUAAGUCUGGUCAAAUAACAUUAAAUGUAAAUAAUUUAGUUUAUUCAUAAAUUUAUAGGAAUGGAAAGAAUACUAUGCUGCAGUAAGUGCUGAUAUUGAACAUGAUGAGAAUUUUAUUGCUUUAAUAAAAGAAACCUGGAGACUUAAAUGAAUGAAAUUUAAUAAAUAAGUAUCAUAAAU